AGUGGAGAAGAUCUGCAACAGAAUCAGUUCGUCUUCAACACGUUCAAAAACAACCAGCUGAAAACCUGUAGCUGAGACAACUGUCUUAAAUUUUUGCGCUUCUAUACUUUACAAAAAAAACCAUGAACAUGAAGAUGGAAUUAGUUUUGCUGAUGUGCCUGGUUACUCUGUCGAUGGGAGCCAUUUACAAAGUUGAGCAGAAUCAAAUCGACGUCGCUGUGACAGAAGAAAACCAAUUCGAUGUAACAGAAAUAAAUCAACCUGCUGCUGUGACAGAAGCAAAUCAAUCCGUUGCUGGGACAGAAGAAAUCCAACUUGAUGUAACAGAAAUAAAUCAACCUGCUGCUAUGACUGAAGUAAAUCAACCCGCUGCUGUGUCCGAAAAACACCAGCAACCACUGCAACCAGCGCUUGGAACAAGGAUUAAAUUCGCCGGGUCUUCCGAGUCGGUUGAAUCCGCUGAAUCCACCGAGUCCCUUGAAGACGCUAAUGACACGGACACUUCUGCCACCUUCCACAAACGCUAUUACUACCCAAGUUCUUAUUAUUACCCGCAUUAUUAUCCAAAAUAUUACUACCCGAGAUAUCACUACCCUCGCUAUUAUUAUUAGCCUGCUCUCUAGAUAUUCUGCACUCAUCCCAGGCCUCAAUGCAAUACUAAUAACCAACACAGCCCAUUCCCAACAUUAUUUAUCUGUUAUUUACCUUUUUAAAAGAUGUAACGUUGUCAAAUAAUAGCUGAUUAAAUAUAUAUUCAAUAAAGUGCAG